UUUAAAGAUGGCGGCCUCCAGAAGAGGGUAGCAUGACUAACAUAGUGUUCUGGGCUCUGUGUGUAUAGUUUAAAUGGUGUUUAAUAAAAAAAAAGUGAUUUCAAAGUUUUAAGGUCCAGAGGAAGUGUUGGUGAUGGCGCACAGUUAUUCAUCAAAAGAACGCACCAGCGAUGUUUUAAAUGAAGAAAAUGUGAACAUCGAUUUUGGAUCGUUGCUGUUGUCUCGAGCUGUGUUAACUGGUUUGUCGCAAGCAGGGUUUGAGCGACCAUCGCCAAUACAGUUGAAAGCUAUACCACUCGGGCGGUGUGGACUAGAUAUGAUCGUCCAAGCCAAGUCAGGAACGGGUAAGACAUGUGUCUUCAGUGUGAUAAUUCUGGAAAGUUUGGAUCUGCAGUGUGCAGGUGUACAAGCCUUGGUCCUGACCCCUACUCGGGAGAUAGCUACCCAGGUGCAAGGGGUGAUUCAGUCCAUCGGACGCGCCAUGCAGGGCUUGCGAUGCCACACGUUUAUUGGCGGCACACUCUUUGGGCCUGAUCGACAGAAGCUGAAGAAAUGCCACAUAGCAGUCGGCACUCCAGGACGUGUGAAGCAGCUCAUCGAGUAUGAUGUCAUGCGUACAGAGAGCAUCCGGCUUCUUAUCUUAGAUGAAGCAGACAAGCUCCUGGACGACAAAUUCCAGGAUCAGAUUAACUGGAUAUACAACCACUUACCUGUCAACAAGCAGAUGCUUGCCCUAUCAGCCACCUAUCCUGAGGCUCUGGCAAAAGGCUUGACCUCUUACAUGAGAGACCCAACGUUUGUCAGACUGAACCCCAGGAAAGUGGCUCUCAAAGGAAUCAAGCAGUUCUACAAGGUUGUCCCAAGUCAUGGGUUGUACCAUAAAGCUUUUGAGGUCAAAGUUGAACAUCUGCUGCAGCUGUUGACGCGGGUGUCCUUCAGCCAGUGCUUGGUUUUCUCCAAUCUGUCCAGCAGAGCCCAGAAUCUGUCUGACAUUUUGUGUGACCGUGGCUGGCCAAGCACCUGCAUUUCAGGGAAUCAGGACCAGGUGCAGCGACACAGCGCAAUGUCCAUGCUCAAGACCUUCAAGUGCCGUGUGUUGAUAUCGACCGACCUGACAGCCCGCGGAAUAGAUGCUGAGAAUGUGAACCUUAUUGUAAACCUAGAUGUCCCAUCUGAUGGCAAGACCUACAUGCAUCGCAUAGGGAGGGCAGGUCGUUUCGGCAGCAAGGGGGUUGCGGUGACGUUUGCAAGCGAGGGCAACGAGGAGACCUUGCUGAGAAACAUCCAGAAGCAGUGCCAUGUUAGUCUUCAACUUCUGCCAGACCCGGUACCAUCAGAUUUGGUGAAUUCCAUCAGUGUCGAUCGAAGCUGUAUUGACACCGAGGAGGAAUCAACCUCUGGGUUUGAAUGUGAUUCUGAUAGUCAAGACAAUCCAGACAUUGACGCAGAGAUCGGCAUGGAGGAAUUACAGUGUGUAUCAGGAGCCAGAGAAGCCAGUGAUAAAGUUGUGAAGGAGCCUCCUUUGACUAACAAGACAGCUGUGACAUCUCACAGAAAUAGAGAUCAAAGGUCUAAUUCCUGGUUGGAGGUCAACAAACAAGGGGACUCUGUCUUAAAUGCAGCCUGCACAGGUGUCUCCGAUAAAUCCUGCCAGGUGGACACGCUGGGCAUGCCCCUAAAAAUGGAUGGAGUAAUCGACUUCAAGAUUCCCUCACUGGCUGAGAAGUUUAGCCCAAGGAGGGAGGAUGAGAUGUGGACCUGGGAGAAAGCUGCCAAGGAUUUUGUGGAAUUCAUGAGUGGAUGUUCAGAAUCGGUGGACAUGCAGCUGGGAGGUCUCUUAGACACAGUCAAAGAUGAAACUGCUGAAGAGCCAGUUUGUUUCGCUGGAAGUGGUGCUUUGAAGAAUGAGUCUGAAGAUGAACAAAGAACUGCUUCGGAAGUUAAAGAUUUAAGCUGCUCAGUUGAAGAAAUGUUUGUUCAUCGCAUGAAUGGUGAGGAGAUAAAUGAGCUUGAUCGACUUGCAGUUGAUGAUGUCUUGAGAUCCCAAACACGGGACCAAAUUAUUAGCAUCUCUGACUUUGGUCACGACUCAGUAGGGAAAAGUGAUGACUUUGAAGCACGUGAUGAGACACUCAGCCAAAAUGGCACGAAGGAAGCUGAUAAGGGAGAAGCUACUGAUCCAUGCAUUUCUCUGACGACAGUAUCUGAUGAGAAACAGAAUGAUACUGAAGAGACUGAGAAGGGAAAAGACAAAAGAGCAGACGUUCACGAUUCAGGCAAAAAGGUGGAAGCUUGUGCUGAACCAGACAAGGGAUACAAGGUAGCGUUUUCAUGGCGGCCAUCUCAGGCCUUCUUCAGCGGGCUUGUGACCGAAGAAAUGACAAGAUUACAUAUCACAGAGACCAGGCGCAGCGAUGAUGAUGACACUUACCCGGAAAGUAUGAACCCUCCUGCUGACAGUUAUGCAGUAGGAACUAUGUCCAACAUUUCUCUGACUGCUCUCGGGAGUGAUUCUGCCAAGCUGGAUAAUGUAGGCAGAAGCGAAGCAAGGAAAUUAGCAUCUGAAAGGUCGGAAAGACGGACCCAAGUAGAGAGGAGACCAUCUAAAGCUUCACCAGGUGUAACAGAAUCAAAGCAACCAGGUGAAGUGACAUUAACAUCGGAAGAAUCAAAGUUUCAAUGCAGAGCAAGUGGUAAGCCUUCAUCAGCUCCUCCCUUACACCAUGCUAACCAAAGAAAUGCCAAAGAAGUCAUGCCAGACUGGCAAGAACCAGAAGCAAACAGCAGCUCAACUCAUGGUCAGCAGCAGACAGAUGCUUCAGUCUCCAACAGUCAUCCAUCCAGGAAGACAUGUCCACCAGGUGAGGAUCCCAUAUGGCAAGCCUACACAACUUACCUUUCAAAUCUUGAAGAUGCACAGAGUGAUGCUGACAGCUGCAGUGAGACGGAUGAUUCUAUUACAGAGAGCAUCGGGACAUCAGACUGUCAAGAAAGUUCAGAUGGUUCUGAAAGUGGUCCUGCUGCACCCAGUGGAAGCCAAAACUCUCAGGAGUGGAAAUCUAAACCUGAAACUACCGCACAUUAUGGCUGGUUACCUACACCAUAUGAUCCUUCUGCAUACAGUAGUUGGUACAGGGUACCAAACUUCACCUCAUCUGCGACCACAAAUUUUCCCAAUCCAACUGAUCAGGAAAACCCUUUGCAUUAUGGCCCAAGUGAUUAUCACGAAUCACCAUACAGUGGGCAGUAUGCAUACUGGCCAUAUGCUUACUACUAAAUCUUAGGAUCGUGUUCUGAAUCACCAGCCUGUUUACCCCAAACUUGCCAAGUAUCAUGUUGUCAUGUUUCAACAUGCUCACAUUACUUGUAAAAGUUCGAGGGCCUGGUGUCAUGAUCCUGUUAUAUAUUUGCUCAUCCAUAUCACCCUCACAGGGCACUUGGAAGAGCAGAUGCUUGUCACAGAAUUUUGUGAAGGAAGUACAUCACAGCUACAGACUCACAAAUCAUUGUGGGCUACAAUGCUGACCCCUCGUAUUCAUUUAUUGAAUUGUAUCCAAUAUGUGCUUGAAAAUAAAAAUUAGGGCUUGCAUCCUGAAUUAGUUGCCGUAGCCCUUUAUAAAGCCUGGUGGGAAUGAGCAAAAGAAAUAUUUUGAAGGGAGCAGUAGGCCACCUUAUUUUCUGGAGGAUAACAUGGUCUCCUGACGGCGGGCAGAGCAUACAGUCGAGAAUAUUGAGAUUUCUUUCAGAACCACACGUACUCAGAAAGAGAUAUCCUUGCAUGGUGCUACCGCAAACCUCUAUAACUUACUUGCUACCUUCAUCUCAACAUUCUGAAUUUGGAGAUACAUGAAACCAGGCUUUGGGAAGAGGAAGGGAACCUCAUGGUUGCGCCCAACACAAGCUAUACCACUGCUCAUGGUCGAAUCCAGGGAGAUGCCAUUACUGUUUUGGCACUGUGCGAAGGCACAGCACCCUGUUGGUUAGAGAUUUCUUUUAGGCACAGAUACCUCCUACGCGUAAAAGUGUUGUAGUCCAGACUGUCACAAGACCAUAAUUAGCAAGAUCAGAGGUAAGACCUUGCGCAAGACCUGUUAUAGGUAGUACGGUGAUCAGUGAUAAAGGAAUGCUUAAGUUGCAUUGUUUUGAAUAGCUUGCAACUUUAACCCACUCUGGAGGUCUUGUGUUGGUCUUUUGAUGGUCUUUUGAUGGGCUUGCGAGGUCUGGACUACAUCAUUGGUGUCUUAUGCUGGUACCUCUGCAGUAAUGGUCUCUAAUUCUGGUAACCAGAUUAGCAUGUGUCAAAGCUGUUUGCACAUUGCCAAAUCUGAUUCGCAAAAGAGUGAACUAAAAUUCAGCAUGAGUGAGAAAUGGAUGUUGUACAUGUACACUGCUCAUAGAUAUUCGCUAGAAUCAGUUCUGGGAUUCAGUUUUUGUUCGGCUGACUGUCUGAACUAAAUAUUCACUGAUAAGGCUAGGCAUUUUGUGAUCUGUUUGGAAUGUUUGUUUGCUCCUUGUUUUAAUCGAGAAUCCAAACUAAAGAUCUCUUAGAAGUAUUUUUUUAUUAUCAAUCUGAGUUACAGUAAAGUUACACACACAGUCACACAUGCAUAGCCAAAAACAUAAACCAUUUAACUGUCGCAAUGCCAUUUGAACUAGUAGCUAAAAUACCGGUCUCCGUACUUUGUGUAUAGCGAAAACUAUAAGUAUGUACAUGCAUAGAUCUAUUCCAACAAAUGUCUAACCUAUGAAAGAGCAGGCUUUCAUAUAACAGUAGGUUGCAUUGAAAUGACAUUUUUUAAUAAACUAGGAUUAUUUUUGAGUUUAAAGGCAAACCGGAAUGUCAGAUUAAAUACCGCUGUUCUUGACCUUUAAGAGUUUCUUAAUAAAUAUCUUCUGGUAAUACUGAAA